AUGUUCCUGCAUGCAUCCCAUUGUCCUGCAUCAACCCCCAGCCAAGCCUGCUGCGGAUUUAUUGAGAAUUGGUCACUGAUUCUUUGGUGUUAUUCUUUCAAGUUUCUAAGCUUUUUUUUCCCAAUUUUCACAUUUGCCAUGACAGAAGUCCAGCGCGAUGGCAACCAGCUCAAGAAAAUCAUAAAUCGUCUCAGUGGACAACCAAAUUCCUAUUCUCGUAAAGCCAAUUUCACCUUUGGAAGAACGCUUGGAGCCGGUUCUUUCGGUAUAGUUCGACAUGCUAGGGAUAAUACGACGGGAGAAGAGGUGGCGAUCAAGAUCAUUUUGAAAAAAGCACUCAAAGGUCAUGAAGAUGUUGUGUUGGACGAGCUCAAAUUGCUCCAACAACUCCACCAUCCUCACAUUGUCAGUUUUGUAGAUUGGUUCGAACUGAAGGAUAAAUUCUAUAUUGUGACUCAAUUGGCCACGGGUGGCGAACUUUUCGACCGAAUCGUCAACCAGGGCCGUUUUAGUGAGCACGACGCAUCGUUGGUGGUGGUCCAGAUGCUCGAGGCGAUCCAAUACCUUCAUAGCAUCGACAUUGUCCACCGAGAUUUGAAGCCAGAAAACAUCUUGUACCUCACACCCGCUACCAACUCCAAUGUGGUGUUGGCGGACUUUGGUAUUGCCAAAAAACUCCAGUCACCCAGUGAAAAAUUGACGUCGUCGGCCGGUUCGUUCGGGUAUGCAGCUCCAGAAGUAAUCAUCGGCUCGGGACACGGGAAGCCGUGUGAUAUCUGGUCUUUGGGGGUGAUCACAUACACUGUUCUCUGCGGCUAUUCGCCAUUUCGGUCGGAAAAUGUUCAGGAUUUCAUCGCCGAGGUCCGCAAUAAUAAUGCCGUAAUUUUCCAUGCUGAUUACUGGAAAGAUGUAUCCAAGGAUGCUCGUCGAUUUAUCAUCAAGGCACUUCAAUUCGACCCGGAAAAACGACCCACGGCAGAUGAAUUGUUGAAGGAUCCUUGGCUCGUAUCGGUAGCUGCUGACCACAAGGAUAACGAUUUGCUUCCUAAUAUUAAACAGCAAUUCAAUGCCAAAUCCAAGUUCAAGCUGGCGAUCGAAAUGGUCAAAUUGAACAACAAGAUCCAGAAAUUGAAGGAGUUACAGACCGACGACGACGACGAUCCUAAUGAGAUUAACUUGUUUGGCUCCGAAGGCUCGAUAAUAUCUGAAGAUGAAUUCGACACUAAAGACUCUAAACCUAAUGCCUUAUUCGACUGGAAAAAGUUCUCUCAAGCGUUGGAACUGGAACACCCAGACGGGUCCAAAUCCUCAUUGGCGAAACCUAAGAAGGAAAAGUCAUCAUUGACCAGCGAUGCAUUCGUGCAAUUGGUUCAUGCUGCCAAGCAGAACAAGGACAGAGUUACGAGUUUCAAGGAGGAGUAG